AUGGUCAAGUUUGAGGAGCGGGCAUUCAUUCUUUUAGCCAUGUGUGUGCUGGCUGUGCGGUCACCAGCUGAAGCCUGGUAUAAACAAGCACCAGGACCAAACUAUUACUUUGUGGGUAGAGCAUCAGGUCUGCUAGCAGGAAUCCGCAGAUCUGCUGUCAGAAGAACCGAACCGGACUCACAGGACAGCGGCCAACUAAAUAAUGCAAUAGAACAAACUGAAAAUCUAACUUUUAUCUUUUCUUUAUUUCUUGUCAUACAUGUUGUGUCAUGCACAUUACAUAAUUGCAUGUGUUCUCUCUCUCUCCAGCCUUUUUGUGUGACGGAGAUCCUGCCGGACCUGCAAAGCUGUGAGCUGAUCCAGGACUCCACACUCCGAUGCCAGGCUACUGCCAUUAUUACGCUCGACUCAGGAUCCUGUGUGAAAGCAUAAGAAGCAUGUGUACUUGGUGUCUACCUGGAAAUGGACAAACAAGCUCCAAAA